AUGGAUGACAAAGAAAGGACAGGCAAGAGCAGAGAAAAAGCCAAAGGCAAGGAGUCGUCCAACGAAACUAGCAACGACUCACUGGCUGCUCGUGUGGCAAAGUCGGCUUCUGUUCUUUCUCAAAACUUGGUGAGCAGUCGACCUACAGGGGAUGACAUAUCCCAGGCGAUACCUGCCGAGAAAGGCCAAGCUAGACGCACGUUUCCAUCGGCACUGGUGGACGACAAUGCAGGAUCUUAUCAAAGCCCCCCGGCGGCAGCCAGCUCAAGCCAAGCAGCAUUCCGAGGUGGUCAAACGAGCCAGCACAUCGCCCAAGAGGAGCAGGCCUUUUCGGACUUCCUCGAUACUCAAGUUUCAGUAGCUGAAGAAACGCCUGUGCUCCCACCUGCUCCUCCAUUGUCUUUUCAGUCCACACCUGGAGAGAGUCGGUCAAAUCGGAGUCUUUCCGCAUUGUCCAUAGCCGAGCAGGAACAGCGGGAUGGAGCGGAGGUCCUCCAUCUCCUAUCGCAGGCGGACAAUGAGCCACUCGAGUUCGACGACGCUCCAGAGAUGAGCGAUGAAAGUCUGAACAGCCUGCGGGCCGCUCUCUUCUCGGGUGGAGCGUCGACGACUCGGUCGAGAGAAUGGGAUACGAUGUUGAACUUCAUACCCGACUUUGUGCGUCCAGAUGCGGAUGGCAGGGCAGACCACGCAGGCAAGAACGUGGACAAGUCCCUCGAGACACAGUCUGCCAUGGGGCUGGAGCAUUCGCCAGACAUAGCAAGACUAUGGGUUGAACAGUGGCAUGACGUCCUGACCGCCUACACAGACGAAGUCUGGGGGGACCUUGGGCCACUUGUUCAGCAAGCUAAGAAGGAGAUUGAACAGCUGCAGGAGGCACCGCCAGAUCAGCCACCACCAAACACCAAGGCUCUGCAGAGGCUGCGGCUUCUCCUAGGCCACAUCAGAGAGCAAUAA